ACAGGCAGGCUCAAAAGCAGGCGAAAUCAAAAGAAAGGGUUUUUAGGGUUUAAGGAUUCUUUGGUAUUCCAGAGUCACAUUUAGAGUUUGCAAAGGAAUCAUGUGGGCAGUUCGUCGAGCGUCUUCUUCUUUCAAGAAACAAGUAUUUAUGACCGGAGGCUCUCGAAUUUGUUAUGCCACUUCAGAUAUUUCAAGUCAAUUCCUGAAAGGACACAAUGAUGGGCUUAAAGAGGCUUCCAAUGUAAUAUCACAUAGACCUCUUACAUGUAGAGGAUUCCAAAUAGCAUCUCAUGGUUUUCUAAGAUUAUUCAUGGCAAGCCAAAGUUUCUCUUCACAAGCUGGCACAAAGAGCAGCGGAGAGGAAGAUAGUAAUUCAGACAAUGGGUUUUCAGAUUUUGAAUCUUCUACUGCAACUGAAGCAAUACAAGAAGUCAACAUAGUAGACGAGUCAGUCUGUGAGCAUGAGCUUUCCGAAGAGGAUCUUGAUAGCGAAAAUGUGGAAGCACCUCAGGAAUUAUUGUCUGAUACGGAGGCUGAAAUUAGCAAAUGGAAGUCUCCAAGGAACAGAGUUUCUAAAGUAUUAUUCAAUGCUAUCAUGGCAGCACCAACUUUAUCUGUUAGUAAAAUCAUGGAUAAAUGGGUUGAAGGAAAUAACGUGAUACGGAAAGAAGUAGCAGCAGCAAUGCUUAAUUUUCGUAAAAGGCGCAUGUACGGGAAGGCACUGCAGCUCUCUCAGUGGUUGGAGUCAAAAAAUCAGCUCACUUUUACUGACCGAGACUAUGCUUCUCGUGUUGAUUUAAUUGCCAAAGUCCGUGGUCUAAAGAAGGCAGAAGAUUAUAUUAGGAUGAUACCAGAGUCUUUCAGAAGUGAAGUUAUUUAUCGCACUUUAUUGGCCAAUUUCGUUGCUCAAAGUGAUGUGAAGAAAUCUGAGCAGAUUUUUAACAAAAUGAAGGACCUUGAAUUCCCAUUAACAUGCUUUGCUUGCAAUCAAAUGCUCUUUCUAUAUAAGAAGACUGAUAAAAAGAAGAUUGCCGAUGUUCUCUUACUAAUGGAGAAGGAAAAUGUGAAGCCAUCCCAUUUUACAUACAAUCUAUUGAUAGAUGCUAAGGGGCAAUGCAAAGACAUAUCUGGAAUGGAGCAAAUUGUUGAGACCAUGAAGGCUGAGGGGAUAGAACCUGAUAACAGCAUUAAGAGCCUCUUGGCGAAGCAUUAUGUCUUGGGUGGUCUGAAUGAGAAGGCCGAGAAUGUUCUAAAAGAGAUGGAAGGAGGAGAUAUAAAAGAAAAUCGCUGGGCAUGUCGUAUUUUGCUUCCUCAUUAUGCAGCUCUUGGAAAGGCCGACGAAGUUGAUAGAAUUUGGCAAGUUUGUGAGUCUAAUCCUUGGCUUGAAGAAUGCGUGGCUGCUGUUGAAGCUUGGGGAAAAUUGAAUAAUAUUGAGAGGGCGGAGGCAGUCUUUGAUAAGAUGGCCAAAACAUGGCCAAGACUGUCAUCGAAGCAUUAUUCUGUUUUAUUAAGAAUUUAUGCGAAUCAUAAAAUGUUGUCGAAAGGAAAGGAACUUGUGAAGCGUAUGGCUGACAGUGGUUGCCAACUUGGGCCAUUGACUUGGGAUGCCCUAGUCAGACUUUAUGUUGAAGCUGGAGGAGUGGAAAAAGCGGAUUCAAUAUUGCAUAAAGUUGGAGAGAAGAAUCGAUUGAGGCCAAUGAUUAAUUCUUAUUUGGUGAUUAUGGAACAAUAUGCAAAUAGAGGUGAUAUUCAUAAUACUGAGAAAAUAUUUCAUAGAAUGAGACAAGCUGGAUAUGUUUCCCGAAUUACCCAGUACCAAUGCCUACUUCGGGCAUAUAUAAAUGCCAAAGCUCCUUGUUAUGGUAUUGCUGAUAGAAUGAAGGCAGAUAAUGUAUUCCCAAAUAAAGGAUUGGCAAACAUGUUGGCUCAAGUUGAUGCAUUCAAGAAGAAUGCGGUGUCUGACUUGUUGGAUUGAUUGAUGUGAUAUAUCCUACUUGUGAUUGAGGAUCUUGCAUACCUCUGCUUAUACAGCAGUCAGUUGUAGGAUGAACACUUUAGAGAUAUCAGCUUCCUUUUCUUUAAACUAGGUUAUCAUGUUGCUACUCUUGCUCUACUGAACCUUUUGUUUUUGACUUUAAGCAAAUAAUUCUGUUGGAGGAAUUUAGUGACAUUGUUUAAGGUCUAAAGCUUCACGAGUGUGGUUGUGGCGUAAA